UGAUGAUUGUUAUGACAUCUCCUGCACUACUUCCUCACCGGGCUGGGCACUUCAGCUCAAUGUCUCUCCCACCAGACCAUCGUGGGAGGCACCCAGGAUCCCAGAGUCAGCCAGCCACAAACCAGACCCUCUGAUGCCUUCAUGCCCGUGGUUUCUUUAAAUGCCUUGAAUCCUUCCUGCUCAUUAGCUAUACCCUGCUGUACUCCAUGGAGGUCCUGAUUCCCACAGAGCUUGGAAAUGAGGGAAGGGAUGACAUGCUUUUCCAUCAGCACACUUAUCCCAGAGGAGCCACCCAGCGUGCACCACUCAGCUACUGACAGUUAUGGCGACGAUUGUGAUGGAGAGAAUUGGGCGAGUGUUCAUCAGCCUGCAGCAGAUCAGGGAGGUUCCCCGGAUGCUGACUGAGGCAGCCCCCUCCAUGCCAGGCACAGUAAGAGACGCUGAGGUUCCCCAUUACUUCAGGGAGCGCUACGUCUGCACCGGCUACCGACCACUCAACCAAAACUGGCGUUACUACUUCCUGUCUUUAUUCCAGCGCCACAAUGAGACCAUCAACAUCUGGACUCACCUGCUGGCGUUUUUAGUUUUCCUGGUUAAAUUGAGCCAACUCGCUGAGACUGUGGACUUUGCUGGCGAUCCUCAUUCGUGGCCCCUGUUGGUCCUGUUCCUGUCCUCCCUGACCUACUCGGCAUUCAGUGUGGCAGCUCACCUACUGGGUGGCAAGUCUGAGCUGUGUCACUAUACCUUCUUCUUUCUGGACUAUGUUGGGGUAGCACAGUAUCAGUAUGGCAGUGCUAUAGUUCACUUUUACUAUGCUGUGGAUGAGAGCUUGCACAGACAUGUGCAUGGGAUCUUCAUGCCCGCUGCCACUGUUCUCAGCUGUCUGUCAUGCCUGGGUUGCUGCUAUGGCAAAUACUGCAACCACAGCCUACCGACCUGGGUGCGUAAGGUGUGCCAGGUGGUGCCCUCAGCACUCGCCUAUGUCUGGGACAGCAGUCCUGUGGCUAAAAGACUCAUGUCAUGGUCUACAGCCAGCAAUGACCCAGCCAUUGUCUAUCACUUUGGCCAGGUGGCUUUCUUUCUUAGUUGCGCCUUCUUCUUCACCUACCCCCUGCUAGAGCGCUGCUUCCCUGGGAGGUGUGACUUUCUGGGACAGAGUCAUCAGAUCUUCCAUGUUUUUCUAUCUUGCUGCUCUCUGUGUCAGAUUCAUGCGUCCUACCUCGACUACGUGGGCCGCAGGGAGCUGUACUCACGCCUGCAUAGGAAUGGGGAGGCUGCUCUCUUUGUGGGACUGUACGUGGUCACUUUGGUCGCAUGUGCGCUAAUUGUUGCCUUCAUGCUGAGGAAAGUCAAACAAGUGGUUGACUUUCAAACCAAGUCCAUAUAACAUAUUAGAUGUUGUAGGAACUAUGUGCAAAAGCAUUUAUGUGCCUUUCCUUCCAGACUUAAUGCUUUGACAGAAAGGGAACUAGUCAUAUUUGCUGUGGGCUUGUAUUAUGUAAGUGGAUUUUGACAUUUCAACAACAGUAAGCGUAAGAUUACAAGAGGGAUACGUAAUGAUAUUAGGAGUUAGUGUUUGAGCACUGAUUUGUAUUAGAAUUUUUAUAAUAAUUCACAGUAUCAGUAUUUUUCAUGCAUCAGCAAAGGCCGGUGCUUUUUGAAAAAGGGAACAUAAAAAAAAUCUGAUUCUCAAAACUUAAAAUCAUUAGCAUUAUAAAUUCACUACUGUUGCUGAUAAAAUUAGAUUGUAUUGUGUAUAUGUGGAUAUGAGCAAUCACUUGAUUGUGUCUUAUUGGAACUCUUUCAUGCGUGGGAGUUAAAAGGGAAAAGUGAGUGUGGGUGUUACAGGAGAGUACUGAUUAAAGAUGAAAUUACCAUGUUAAUAUAUGUCUUUGGGAAAUAAUAAUGCCUGCUACUGACCAAGAUGUAUAGACAGUACGAGUUAAAAAACAUCUUUUGGUGACAGGGCUGGUCUGGAGGCAGAAAUAACCUUUUUGAACAAUUGUCUCAUAAGCUUUGAAUUUCAUGUGUGCAACAUUGACUAAUGAUGUGAUCUCUUACUCUUGCCAUGUUGCUGUGCACUGCGUCAAAUUCCCCUGUUACUACUCUCUGAAAAUUACUGUGAGGUUCCAGAUGGAUGGGGAGAAUUGGAUAAUAUUUAUCAGGAGCGUGUUACAUUAUAUUACAUUAAUUUAGCUGAUGCUUGUUAUGGAAAGGGACUUAAAAUUGCCAGAGGUUGCAUGUCUUGCAAGCAAUUAGGGGUUAUGUGUGUUGCUAAGGGGUGUGAUACAGUGGGAUUUAAACCCCAGUCUCCCAUACCAAAGGCAUGUGUUUUGUGCACUGUGAAAGAAACAAGCUUCCAAAACUUUAUCUUGAUUGUUAUCUUUAAAAUACAGUAUAAUAUGCAUCUAGCCUACCACCUGGCCAAGAUAUAUCUGUAGGAUACCAAACUGUAUUUUCAAUGACAAAACAUAACUAGUUAAACCUCACUUGUCUGAUCCAAUUACGCUCUGCCUCUUAUUAAUGUUUGGAUUAACUGAAACUCCAAUUGGGAACCGAGUUCUACCUUAUUGUGCCUGUUGAUAUACUGUGUUGUUAAUUGUUUAUUUUCUUGACAUUAUGCAAAAACUGUAGGAUUUUGUCAAUCAAUCUAUUGGCAAAUGAAAUGCAUUUUAAACAAUGGCCUCCUGCUUGUGAUAUUCCCAAUCCACCUGCUGUACAAAUAGAUCUUUUAUGUUUUUCUAUUUUUUCCUGCCAGCAAAGCAACAGCAGCUCCUGUUUACUAGACUGGUUAUUUAUGGCUGGACCCAAGACCAAGAGCUAAAGAAGGAGAUGAAAUGAUAGUGCUUGGAAUGGUUAAUAGCAUAAAAAUGUAUUGUUAUUGUAUCAUUUCGGAACCACUGUAAUUUAAGUGUUAAAAAAAGGAAAACCUCUUAUAGUAUGACAUUUUAAAAAUGGAAUGUAUGCUGUUUUGGAUAUACUGUGCAUUAAUGCAGGUACUGUAGCCUUUUUUUAUGGGAGAAGGGUUGAAAAAAAUACUAUACUGUACCAUGAAAAUCGUUAUACCAUGCCAAAUCUGAUGGCUGUUUCUUAAUGGAUGUCUCCAUAGCAACCUGUUAAACAGUGUUACUCCUGGCAGGACCUCAGCUGUUGUUUACAUACUCUGAGGAUUCACCUGACACUGCAAUGCUGAGCAUGAGUGUUGGUAAUUUGUAAGAUCAGGCUAAGGACUAGCACAUUGUGAAUCUGUGCCUUAUUGUACUGAAUCAACAUAUCAUGGACAUGUAGGCCAAGACACAGAGUAGGACCGUAUGCAAGGGCAGCAUGUCCUCUGUAAUGGGAGAAAAGAACAAACUGGGGUGAGUUAAUUAAAAUGUUCCUUUCAUUCAACAUCUUACCAAUUAGGUGGCAUGUCACCGUUAAAAUUCUCUAUCACUUAUCUGUGCUAAGGGUCCUUAAAACAGUACCACUAAUAGAAAGAGAUGUCAGUUUGGCAGCUGUUACCUCAGUCAAUGUAGGAAACAUGGGUUCUAUUUUUUCCCUCCCUGACUGCCACUGACAUGUCACAUGUGUGAUGUGUAGGCCUGGCUGGCAACCCACUUGGAGUUAGUUGCGUUUAUGGAAGUCACGGGGCUACAUGCGGUGUGAGCUCUUUACUCGCAUAUGCCCCCUAAAAAUAGAUAGGCCUACGUGCAAACCGGAAAAAAAUGAUUUACCAUGAUUUUACAGUGUGCAAGUAAAGACUACAACCAACCGUAACUUUUCUCUAUCCACCACCUCCGCUGCUGAUCAUUCAAAACUGUGGUAAUGGCCAUCGGGAGCAGCGGGAGAAAUCCCGGUGGGGCGGUCUCUCUGUGGGCCGCUGGAGCAGCCCGUUAUACAAAAACAGUGACAGAGAUGCGUUGUCUGCAGCUGAACCGGUAAGAGAGAAGACAAUAGGAAUCAUAUAAGCAUGGUUUGGCUGUUCAGCUGUAUCGGCGCUUUAUGGUAAAACAUGUUUAACUUUUCAUGAAGUUUAUGUGCUCGAUCGUCAAUGUCACUUUUUGUGGCGGGACAUAAAAGAAGUUUGACGUGCUACAGCAAACUUUGGAAAUGUUGAACUAUGUAAAUGCUUGAAUGGUUAUGAUUAUUUACAAGUCAGUACUUAGCUUUAACAAAUGAGAGACUAACCAUCAGUGUAGACCCUUUUCUUGCACAAUGAUUAAAAGAAUGAAAACCCACAAAAAAUGAAACUGCUGUCCAACUGGAGUUAAUAUUAUAGCUACUAGUGGUAAACUGUAUGGGAUAAGCUACUAUUAUUUGAAAUUAUAAUGAAUAAAGUAACAUGAUAUAAUUAAUACAGUAUACUAACAGUAUAUCAAAUAAAUCAACAUUGUACUAAGACACAACAUUAUACUAGUUACUCCUCCAGGUUGUGGAUGGUCCCUCUGCAGUGGACAGAUAUAGAUUUAGCCAGAGCCAGGAUACAGGCGUGCCAACAUGUGCUCCUUCUAGCAACCUCCUCCUGAGAGAAACACGUUCCCCUUGUUCUAUUUUACAUCUGUUUUACUAAAGUUAUUGAUAUCUAUAUUGUUCCGUAAUCUUGUUUACAUAAAGUGUGGCAUGGGUGGUGCUGGUAUAUCCUGUAUUGAUCCCUGGUUCAAAAAGUCCCACAGCGCACACACAUGCAGUAUACAUGUAUGUAUGUAAUAAAAUGUUAAUAAACUCUGUAUUAUUGAA